CUGGUUGUAUACCCUAGGAUCAUGUUAAAGUUGGUAUCUGGUUGUAUACCCUAGGAUCAUGUUUAUGUUGGUAUCUGGUUGUAUACCCUAGGAUCAUGUUUAUGUUGGUUUCUGGUUGUAUACCCUAGGAUCAUGUUAAAGUUGGUAUCUGGUUGUAUACCCUAGGAUCAUAUUAAAGUUGGUAUCUGGUUGUAUACCCUAGGAUCAUAUUAAAGAUCAUGUUAAAGUUAAUGUAUCUGUUUGUAUACCCUAGGAUCAUGUUUAUGUUGGUAUCUGGUUGUAUACCCUAGGAUCAUGUUAAAGUUGGUAUCUGGUUGUAUACCCUAGGAUCAUGUUUAAGUUGGUAUCUGCUUUAUAUUAAAGUUUGUAUCUGGUUGUAUACGCUAGAAUCAUAUUGAAGUAUGUAUCUGGUUUUAUACUCUAUGAUCAUGUUAAAGUUUGUAUCUGGUUGUAUACGCUAGAAUCAUAUUGAGGUUUGUAUCUGGUUGUAUCACUAUGAUCAUGUUAAAGUUGACAUUGGUUGAACACAUUGAAGCUGGUAUUUGGUUGAAUACCUAUAAUACUUGUCAAAGAAACCUUUUUUAAGUUUUAUGUACAUAAAAGGGUUAAUAUUAUAAAAUACAUAAUAUAAAAUAUUUUAUGUCAAGUGUUUAAGUAUUUAUACAUAGUGAAUAACCUUUCUUUUCACUUUGAGAAUAAUGAUAAUUCUUUUUAUAUAGAUACACUAGUCUGCUUGCUAUACAGUUUAUAGCCAAUAGGUGUGUGUUAAAUGCUCGGAAUUUCAAGUAUAUAGAUAUUGCAAACAUAGAAAGUACUUCAUGUAAUUAUUCUUGAGAGAUAAAAUGUUUCUUGGCAAGUUAUGAUGUGAAUUAUUUUGCUUAAUUUUUGGAAAAUUUGAAAAUAAGAUAUUUCAAUUUUUGUUCUUUAGAAAAAAUGGAUUUCAGAAAGGUAUAGUUUAAUUAUGAAUACCAUUGACUGUCAUCAUAGUUGAGUGUUUCACUCACAGAUAGAAUCAGUUUUGUCUGUAGUGCAUCCAUUAAUGAUUUAGUUAUCAUUAUUUCCAGAAGUGAAGGAAUAUUGUCACAUUGAUUUUAUUAGUGCUUGGAAAAUAGAUUUGAGGCUUAAGUUACCAUGUUAAGAUAACAUAGAGACAAUUUACAACAUAUCCAACAAAGAUCAUGGUUUUGCUCCCAUGGCAACAUUAAAUAUGUUAUGCUUAUUUCUACAUUUAAGGAAAUGGCAGAAUAUUUGACAACAAAAAUAUUGUGUUGAAAUGCUAGGAAUUUGUAUGAUAUCAUCUUAUUAAAUUGUUUGGAAUACAGGGAAACAGAAUAUAGAAUUAUUGAUUAAACUACUGAAAUUUUCUCCUUUACUGCUUCACUGUAUUUGUUGAGAGUUAAGAUCAGAGUAUUUACUAGCGGGCAUAACUGGAGAAAAUCAGCAAUUCUACAUUUUAUUGAGGAUCUGUUUAAGUGUGAAAAAUAAAAACCAUUUUGUGCAGAUUGGUCUUGGAUAAAGGAAAAUUUGUUGUUAAAAUGGCGGAGGAGACAAUAUAUCUGUGCAAGUUCCGUGUAUCGGUUGAUGGAGAUUGGUUAUGUCUCCGAGAGUUGAGUGAUGUUCAGUUUGAAGUUCCACCAUCUCUUAGUAAUUCAAUGAUAGAAGAUGAUGAUCGAGAUCCAAGGACAAUAGAAAGAGCGAAUUUAUUAAAUGUUUCAAAGUUGAUAAUUAAAGAGUUAAUAGACUCAUCAAUGGCACAUGGAAGAAUGCUUGACGAUGAUCAUGAACCCCUGCAACAGUUUUUUGUCGUUCUGGAACAUGUUUUGAGACAUGGACUGAGACCAAAGAAGAGUAUCCUGAGAGAUCGUAGAGAUUUUUGGUGUGUCCUUGAGCUAGUUGAGAAGUUUGCACCAGAGGCUGCAGACAUAACUUCCACUGUGAGAGAUAUGCCUCAUCUAAAGACUCCGCUUGGAAAGGCGAGAGCAUGGUUGAGAUUAGCAGCAAUGCAGAAAUGUCUUGCAGAUUAUUUUAAACUUCUCAUUGAAAAGAGAGAAAUGGUUUUAACUGAUUUUUAUGAGCCUGGUGCAUUUUUAAUGGAGGAUGAAGGAACUGUGAUAGCAGGUCUGUUGGUAGGACUCAAUGUGAUAGACUGUAACCUUGGAAUCAAGGAUGAGGACCUUGACCAACCAAUGGGUGUGAUAGAUUUUAGUUUAUAUUUGAAAGACACAAGACUGGCUGACACAGAUCAGGAUUCAGAGAGUGCUGCCAUGCAGGAGAAGAUGCAGACUAUCCUAGACCAGAAAAAUUAUCUUGAAGAGCUCAACCGACACCUUAACACAACAGUAGCAAAUCUUCAGCAGAAGUUAGAAAUGUGUAACACAACUAAUGCCUUGAUGAAAGAAGAUCUUGCCAUUGCGAAAAAUACAAUUCUUGAAUUAGAAGAUGAGAAAUUGAGCGCAGAAUCCCAAAGAGAUACAAUUCUUCAUGUACACAAACACCAUAUUGAGAAAGUGAAUCAUGUCAAGGACACAAAAGAAAAUACAGAGGUGAAUGAAGUUACUAAAGAUGAUACCGAGAUUAAAGAAGACCAUAUAGAAGAAAGUGAGAUGACAGGUGAUGAGGAUGAGAUCGUACAAGAUCAAAAUGGUAGAAAUGAGAUCCCUCUCAAUGAAGAAUUAGAAGCUGCAAUGAAACAUCACAAGACUGAGUCUUUUGAGGAUAUCCCUAAUGAAGCAGAUACAGCCAAUAUUGUAGAGCCUUCCACUCUUACUGUAACAUCUGCUCCAAUGCACAUACCUACCCUGAUUCAAAGUUCUUCAAGUCCUAGAGACAUCUUUAUGCCACUGAUAUCAAAGUUCCGCUCUGGAUCUACAGGUUCCAGUCCAAAGAAAUCCAAAGAAUCUAAAAAAGACAUAGAUGUAGAACGUCAAACAUACCUUCAAUCACGGGCUGGCCUUGAUGAUAUGUACGCUGAGGUGAAGAAAAAACUUGAUGAGGAAACUCACCUAAGACUGGACAUUGAGAAAGAGCUGGAGUUACAGAUAGGUAUGAAACAAGAGAUUGAGAUGGCCCUACAACUACUAGAGAAAGACAUUCAUGAGAAACAGGAUAGUAUAAUAGGACUUCGGAAACAACUUGAAGAUGUUAAAAAUAUCAAUCUACAGAUGUAUGACAAAUUAGAGACUUGUGAUACCUCAUUGAGACACAAAACUGAAAUGGUUAGUAAACUGGAGGAGAAGACAAACAACCUUGUAUCUGUGCUCAAAGAUAUGGAGAAAAAAAUGAAGCAAAUUGAAAGUGAGAAAAAUGCUGCAAUUGAGACUUCUAGGAAACUUGGACAGAAUUUAGCAGACAGGGAUGCGAAAAAAACUGCCUUGGAAACAGAUUUACGUAUUGAAAGAGAAUGGAGAGGUAAUCUACAGAAAAAUCUAGAGCAGGAAAAGACAAAAACUUCACAAUUACAGAAAGAAUUACAUCAUUAUCAAAAUUUAGAAACUGAUCAUGAAAACUUACAACGACAGUUUAAGGAAUUGCAAAAACAGUGUGAUGAUCAUGAAAAAACUUUGGCAGAAUUGGGGUCACAUUUAAGCGAAUCAAAAUUAAGGGUUGAGGAUAUGAGAGAAUUACAAAUGGCCAACAAAGAGGCAAGUUGGGCAAGUGACAAAGAUGUCACAAGUUGCAAACAAUGCGAAAAACAAUUUUCUGUGGCUAGAAGAAAGCAUCACUGUAGGAACUGUGGAGAGAUUUUCUGUAACGAGUGUUCUGACAACAAGAUGCCCCAUCCAUCGUCAUCCAAACCUGUCCGAGUUUGUGACACUUGCCAACAAAUUCUACUUCAGAGAUACUCAGCUAGCGGCAACUAGUGCAAUAAUAAUCAUCAAACACAUUUUCAUUUUUUGUGUGUACAUUCCAAGGAGUCAUUUGUUUUGUAACAAGAUAUUUGUUAAUUAAGUUAACAAUACAAUUUACUUAUAUGAGUGAAUUUAUUCACUUACUCAGGAGAGGGGUUUUUAUGUGGUAGUUCUAUCUAGUGUGAUUUGGUCAUGACUUAUGGACUCUUAUUCAGCUUCAAUACAUGCAUUGAAUGCAUCAGCAUUUAAAACUUUGCAUUAUAUUGUAACAGUUUGUUUAUCUGCAUAAAUAUGUCUGUAUCAAAAAUA